AAAGUCACGCUUUCCCAAUCCCACGCGUGAACCUUCUCUUAUGCCCUCGAAUUUCAAAACCCAAGGCUCCUUCCUCUCAGAGACCUUAAAACCCCGGACUCUCCUCCCUGCCUUUCACUUGGAAACGUAGAGCUCUUGUUUUUCUUCACUAGACCGCUCCCUGGUAUCUAUUACAACUGCCAUCUCUCAUCUUGAGAGCUUAUACAACUAUGUCUGCAAUGCUGGAGGUCCGAGUUCCAAACCUGGAUUGUGAGGGCUGUGUUUCCAAGUUAAAGAAAGCUCUCUUCAAGCUCAAAGGGGUUGAAGAAGUGGAAGUAGAAAUGGAGAUCCAGAAAAUCACAGUCCGAGGCUAUGCCCUGGAGGAAAAGAAGGUGCUCAAAGCUAUUAAACGGGCGGGGAAAGCAGCAGAGCCGUGGCCAUUUCCAGGAUACUCCCACUACGCCUCAUUUUACAAGUACCCAACCUAUAUAGUGAACCAUUACUAUGACACUUACAAAAAUGAAGCUUCCAACGGUGUUCAUACUUUCUUCCAAACCCCAGCUGUUUACUCGGUUGCCGUGGCGUCUGAUGAGGCCGUUGCUUCACUUUUCAGCGACGAUAAUCCACAUGCUUGCUCUAUCAUGUGAACACAUGCGGCUUGUUUUUCAUUCUCUUUUAUUUAUUUCCCUUCAAUUUUGUUUGAAUUCGGUUUGCCUACCAGUGCAUGCAACUAUUGGUUAAAAAAUAUGAACUUAGGUGGAAUGUUAUGGCU